AUGCAGUCACUACAUCCCACACAAGCCACAGUGGUGCGUACCGACCAAACAUGCUCUCAUAACUCGCUUGAUCAAUCACUCGUGUCGUGCACGCCACUCUUAACCGAUGAACUACAACAAAGAGAAGAUACGGGUAAGUCGAUUGUCGAAAUUAGGAUUAAUUUCUGCUUUCGCCCAUUUCCUGCAUUUACCAUACGUAGAGCUAUACACCUCUGUUAACCUCCCCCUAGUUCAAGGUAAUGCCAGGUUUAUCUAUUGCCCAAUGAAUACUUCACAUAACGUGUUCGCAAUUAAUUGAAAUUAAAAGAAAUGAAAAAUGAAUGAGAAUUCCGGUAAUAAUCUCGUCCCCAGGGCUUUUCCCUCAGUACAUGUGAAAUCUCUGGGGAAGAAUUUUGCUUGCGGUAACUACGAUUAUCGUUACUUCUUAUUUGGCCUCAAAAUGACGAUUAUCGUAAUUUUGAGGUCCCUGACCCUCACCCCAACCCAUACCCUAGCCCUAGCCCUGACCCUACAAGAUGAUAUCAAUCUUCUCUCUAAAGGUAAGGGUUUCUCUAAGGGUAAGUGUCUCGAAAGCAAAUUCACUCUUUUUAUCUUAGCUUUGUCCCAUGCGUGAACCUUCUGCUGGAAAAAUACCGAGUCGAAUUUAACAUGGGGGUUUACAUUGACUGGUGCAUACUCAAAAGCCCUGUUACCAGCCGGCUGUCAUUAAGAGUUGGGGGCCGGGGAUUUUCCCCCGACUAUUAUGAACGUGGCCCCGGCUACUUUCAUAGGGAAAUAGAAGAAAAAUAAAACCAAAAGAAAUCCCUGGCUGUUUGAUUCCCCGCGCCUCCUACUUGUUGUAUUUACCCGGCAACUUGAAAUCUUAGUGACAUCCCUGUCCUGUUACCUCGAUGUUCGCUGUUGUUUUCAAACUAGUGGUCGAAAAUUGCUUCCAUACUUCUGAGGUGGAAAUUCAUCGCUUAAAGCAUUGCUUAACCGCUAAUAAGGCCGCAAAACAACCGGGUUAAAGUUUGUCUUGUCGCGGGUUUGUUGUUUAUGAACUGCGCACACUACCCAAACUGAUAGAAAUAUAGCAAAAUAGUUCUCACCUCUCUCUCAGCGAUCCAAAUUUUUUAAUAUCACUUUGCGAGGAAGAAUUUGUAAACUUCCUCUCAGCGAGGAAUGACUGAUCCUGGGGAAACAGAAUCCAUUGUUUCUUUUAAACUGUACAGUUCCCUAUUUUCCCGUAAUUUUGUCGAGAUCGAGCGCUUACUCACACCAUGUAACGGAAUCUCCAUUCUGGAAUCCGGAACCUUUUUGUUUAUGGAAUCUGGAAUCCGGGAAAAUUUUGCUUGUGGAAUCCGGAAUCCUGGGGUUUGGAAUCCAGAAUACAGCUCCACGAAUCCGGAAUCCCACAAUAUUCCAUUAACGAUUGGAAUCCAGAAUCCAAAAGUUCCACGGACAAAGACUGGAAUCCGGCAUGCACCGCGUGGAAUACAGAAUCCAAGCCUCUCUUGGGGCGAGCAUACUUUCACAUUUACCCAGGGGGUGGGUAUUGGGGUAUAAAGCGUCGUCGAGGGAGGCGUCCCUACUCGACGCUAUUCUCUCGGACGUUCACCCCUCGAUACGAAUGAAAGUAGUUUGGCCGCACGUUAUAGUAGGCGCUUCUAUGUUGAGAUCAACACUGAAAGUCGAGGCAAACAAAAUUAGUAGGUUUCCAAUGCAAAGAACGUACCGGUCAUGAAUUAUUUGUCUUGUAGCCCAUAUAUGAUAAGAAAAUUUUACGUUAAGGGUUUCAUGUGCGCGGUCACCACUGUUGCGCUCGGAUAAAUUGCACCCUUAAGUCUUUGAUACGCCCGCUCGGAAACCUUCGGAUGGAUCAAACAGUUUGUCGUUGGAUGUCAUCUUACCUCGAAGUUACCGAGAGCCAUACGGCUCAGACCGCUUUAUUUUUGAAGAACAAACACUGGUUCAGUGCAGCAAACAAACACUGAAAUUUGAUUAUUCGUUCCAGUGGUUGAACGAAACUGAAUUUGCAUCACAUAAUCUGUGAUGCGAAAGCAGAACUCAAUAAUUAUGUUCCAAGCACUUAGGAAUGUGAUCGGUGAGGCAUCAAGAUAAAAGAGAGAGAGGUUAAUAUUACAUUUGCGUUUUGAUGAUGAGUUGUUCCUGAGCUCCUUAAGCAAUUUUCCAUUCCUACCGUUUUAACACUGUUUCACGGUCAAAUGCACACACUCACACAAACAAGGAAGGUGCGAAGACACGCGGAAAGGCCGAGAGGAGACAGAGAUCUCAGUUCGCUUCACUCGAUUUCUGGAUUUCAGAUUAAAGUUUGAUUCGGGGCGUUCAUUUAAUAUCAAAUAUGAUCUGAUUCGUCCACCGUAUUAAUUAUUAAUCUCUGGAAUUGUAGCUAGCCCGAAUUUACGUUCAACAAACGUUCUUUUCUCUCUAGCGUUUUGCCUUUUAACUAUAUCAUAAUGGUGGGCAGAAAGAGAGAAAGUAUUGUCGAAAACACCGAAAAUAAAUUAAGUAUUAAAUAAGUCUGAUUACAUAGACACGAAUGCAGUAAAGCUUAUCGCUACUGUCUGCUUUGCCUUGUUAGUUUGAGAACCAGCAGUCAUAAACAGACCAGCACAGCAGUUGCUCACUCAAAUUGGCGUCAAAAAAAGGCGCGGCAAAGACGCGCGCAUGAUUUCCAGUUUCAUUUAUUUCUGUGCGCCAUUUUACAUUCCGCAUAAUUAUGACAUUCCGCAAGCCAUGCCACUUGCCAUUCCGCAAACUCAUUCCUUCUUUUACCCUCACCGGUAAGUAAGUACUUUUUAAAAUUAUUUUUGAACUGAACAGAGCUAUAGAAGAAACACUUUGUUUGAAGAAGAAUCUACCCUUAUUUGCGGGCGACUAUACUACGUUGGGUUAGGAAAGUCCACAUAGUUGAAUGGAGAUUUGGAUUCAAGUCAUUCCCUGACUGUUCGGUCGUUUCCAUUAUUUGGCAAAUUAAUAGGUCACUGAGUUAGGUACAUUCGCGACCAAGGGCUCAGAUAGAGUACUGACGAUACAUCACGUUUAGGGUUUCAGCUCAGUUCUCAGUUUCUUGCUUAUCACUGGUAAAAUGGUUAUAACUGAAGACCAAAAAAAUUUUAUCGGUGUAAGGUUACAGUUGACUGCAUUUAAGAACCGGAGCAAUGCCUUCGGGUGGCCAUCCCGGCAUGUUUGAACUAAGAUCUUUAAGGAGUUUUCUCAGUGGUACAUGUACACGGCUGGCGAACAAAGAUACGUUUUUUUAAAAUAAUUUCUUGCAUAGAACUAUAACUACCGAGUAGUUGUUAAGCAUCUUACCCGUGGUUUGGGGGCCCUUCAACAGUAGUCGUGUUGGUAUUUCUUCAAUUACUCAAAUUAAAAAAUGCAAAUUCGAGAAGAAUGCAUCAACACUCGAAAGGAGCUCCGACCGCAUUUGAAAUGAAAACGUUUCACUGAGGCAAAAUUUUUAAAAAAAAUAGAGUACUCUAAAAAGCCAUAACCUUAAGAUUAAUACCACAUGCUACGUUAAGGCCGAUUUACACUGCACAAUUUUGAGGCUAAUGCUUCAUGCAUAAGAUGUACCAACAAAGCGAAUCAAUACCGUAAAACCAAACCUAGGACAAAUUGAAAGUCACUUCACGGUCUGAUUCGUCUUUGUCUCUACCGCGAAUUAUCAGAGAGGAAACGCUCAGUGUCGCUGAAAAGCUUUGAUAUUGAUAGACCGAGCAGACUAUAAUGGCAGACUUGACCAACCAGCCUGGCGUUACAAAAUAAAUAAAGGGGCUUUCCUCUUCGAGAAAAACAGGACUGAUGGCAGAAGCUCAAUUUAAAGUAAUUUUAUUGUCACCUGCUAUUGGGUCGAGGUUUAGACUCCCUUUAAUGAUUUUCGUGGAAACGUGUACGUGUUGAUAACUACGGCCGGUAGUAAUUAGGCCUGCUUCAAGCGUGGUGCAACUAUACCUUGUCGAACUAGAUUGACUGGAUUAAGUUCCACUAAAGCACAGCCCUAUUUCAAAGUUUGAAACCAAGUCGUGCUAAAUUGACGUGGAUCACCACAAGUUUUGUCUGCUACACGGCAGUAGCGAGAUCUGGUUUCAAACGUUAUGUUGCUGCCGUGCUGAAUUGGAUUUAUAUCUUUAUAUAUGCGUGAGAAUUAUCAUAGAAACAUUUUUAGAGCCGUUUAAACCGUUUUUUUUUUUCUAACUUUUUUUUUCGACAACCGCUACUCUAUUCAACUGAAAUUAAUUCAACGUCGAAACCAACUCCUGCUAAAGUCGUGUUAGUAAGAGUAGUCGUGCUACAGUCAUGACGUUGAGCCAGACUUCGCUCUGCAGGGAUAUCACGUUUGAAACGGGUCUAAAAUAGGUAAUUUUGCGCCAUUUUCUUUUUUUUUUUUCUCGUUUUUAGACUUAUGGACCCGAAGAAUGGCAAAAACAAGCUAUCAAAGGAUCACCAAUACUACACAGGCAGAAAAUGUCAGCUUUUUCUCCACUCUUUUAUUCCGAUGGAUGAACGAUGUUCUAAAGUCUGGAAAUGAACGGGCUAUCGAUGAAAAUGAUUUUUUAUCUCUUAACAAAGAAUGCACCGCAUGCUUUUUGACAGAGCAGCUUCAAUCGAAAUGGACAGAUGAAACAGCUAACAGCAAAAGACAUGAUAAGCAACCAAAACUUUGGAAAAGUGUGUUGAAGAUGCUCACCACCAGGGAAGCAAUGAUCCUCUUUGUAACUGCUACAGUGCUUCUAUUUUGUCGCGUUCUCCAACCACUGCUACUUGGAUAUCUCGUGAAAUCUCUGAUGACGGCAGAGCUACAACAUCAUUUUCGUCUUUAUGGCUGUGCUUUAGCACUCGGGAUCAAUGAAUUAAUCGGUUCUCUCUGUUGGCACCAAUUUGACUACCGCUGUGAGGUCUUUGGUAUCAGAAUUAGCAGCGCCGUUAAAGGAUUAGUGUAUGUAAAGGUAACGAAAAAAAAAACAAGUGACAAGUAAGGACCAGUCUUAAGGCAUAUGUACAGCACUGAGCCCCGUGCGAACGGAACAACAUUGCUGGCCAACAACUUUUAACAGAUGUUACAUGUUGCGUCUGUUUGCACACCCUCUUGCAUGUUGUUGCGUCCGUUUUCACGUAGCUUUAAGAUUACAAUCACCCCCUCUCCCUUUGUAAGGCUUUUUACUUCCUUCACUAUUACUUUAUUCUUCCUGUUUUCAAUCAUUUUGUUAAGACUCAUCCUGACAGAUUCUUUUAUACUUAAGAAUCACUUUCUUUCUGGGACGCAUAUCACCGAACGCCUUCGAAGACUUCAAAUGUUAGCUUUUAGCGCCAUGAUUCACUAUUAUUCUUUACAUCACUCUGUCAAUCAUAAAUGUGUCGUCGUCAACGGUUAAUAUGACCACCUCCUUUAAGAGUUGAGGAUUGUUGUGACCACGCCCCACUCCUUGGUUUUGUUUUAUUUAUUUAUUUAUUUAUUUUUUUGGCUUGUUUGUUUGUUUGUUUUUUAAAUUUGAGCUCUAAUAACUAAUCAAUGGUUUGGUCAAUCCUUGACCCUUGACCAUGUAACCUUCUUUUUAUUGCAUGCUUCUGUAAAAUAUUUACUGUAAAAUAUUUACGAGGAACCCACGUUUUUUUGCAGACUCUUCUCCUCAGCAAGGAUUCAUUGCUAAGGAUUUCAACUGGCCACGUGAUAGAUCUCGUAUCGAACGAUGUUCAGCGAUUGGAAGGCGAAACCUUCAUGUUAUUGUUCCAUGCAGCUCAUUUCUUUUUAGAGUUUUUAAUAGUAACAUUUUUCGCCGUCUAUUUCAUCGGAUGGCAGGUUAUAAUGGGAUUUAUCUUGUUGUGUAUUCUUCUGCCAUGCUUUAGUGGACUGUCCCAUGGUGGAGCUGUACUGCGCCUGCGUACAGCAGCGGUAUCUGACCGCCGCAUCUCGUUGAUCAACCAGGUUGUGUCUGGGAUCCGCGCCAUCAAAACAAACGCAUGGGAAGAUGAAUAUAAAAAAAAGAUAAAGAACGUGAGGAGGUAAGGAAAAUUUCAACAGGGCUACCACUGCGCUAUUUCUUACGAUAAAUAUGCGCAUCGUUUUCCUGGCAACAUUUUUUUUUUUGUCCUAUUACAAAUCCAUGGGAUUUUGUUUUUUUUUUCACCCCAUUUAAUGUAAUCCGGAUUCAGACAUUCGAGAAUUUUAAUUUUUGUUUGGAAUCCGGAAUUCAAGCUCCACUGACAGCUGAAGGGAUCCGAAGUCCAGUACUUAGAAUUCGGAAUCGACAUUGAUCGAAUCUCCUUACCUACACUUUCUAAAAGUUCUUAUUUUUUUCCUGGUUGGUAAUGCCAUACCUGUUUGGCGCGAAAUUCACCGGUCGAAAAUUCUAUCGUCGACGUCAUGACAAUUGACCAAUAGGACAUCAGCCAUCAUGAUUAAUUUCGAAACAGGAAACAGGAAAUAAUAUAUCGAUAAGAAAAAUAAGUGUUUGACAUCUCAUAUCUGUUUUCUUUAAAGUGAUGAAAUCAGUUGGAUACGUAAGAAAAGUGGCAUUCUGUGGUGCAUUGCUGCUGUGGAAUACAUUUCAACACCAAUGGCGUCCCUGGUGACUGUCAUCACUCUUGUACUAACUGGUAAGCCUCUGACACCAGUUAACGUCUUCAUGUUACUCUCCUUUAUCAAUCUCCUAAGAAUGAGCGUCAGUAUGGGUCUAUCCUCUUUUUUCCUCCUUUCAUACGAUGCCUACGUCUCACUCAGUAGAAUACAAGACUUCCUCCAUUUGAAUAAUCUAUCACUAGUGAACGCCACUGCAAAUCAGCGAGAAGGAACUGAAAAAGUGAUUUUUCCUUCCAUCGUAGCAGAACUAGCAGAACCAGCUUCACGAGUCAGAAACUUAACGCUACGCCGACAGCUUGAUCAGAAGGAUGAGUCCGUUUUGCAAGGUAUCAGUUUCAUCGCUAGACAAGGAAGUUUAAUAGCUAUAACCGGACCAGUGGGCAGUGGCAAAUCUACUCUUCUGUCAGCAAUUGCUGGCGAGAUACCAGACAAAAGCGGAGCCAUAACCUUCAAAGGAACUGUUGUUUAUGUGCCACAGAUUGCCUGGAUAUUCUCCGGAACUAUUAGAGAAAACAUUUUGUUUGGCGAACAGUACGAGAAAUCCAAGUACGACAGAGUCAUUGAAGCUUGUGCUUUGACCCAAGACAUUCAGGGUUUCCCAGAUUUUGACCAGACAAUUGUUGGAGAGCAUGGUGCGGUUCUAAGUGGAGGCCAGCGGGCAAGAGUAAACUUGGCACGGGCAGUCUACGCCGAAGCAGACCUUUACUUGUUGGAUGAUCCCUUAACUGCUGUGGACUUUAAAGUUGGCCAUCACAUCUUUAGGGAAUGCAUCAAAGGCUUACUGGGAGAGAAAACCCGGUUGAUAACCUCCCAUCAAGAAAGGAUCAUGCGCGAAGCCGAUGACGUUAUUGUAUUAUCUAAAGGCCAGAUAUUGGGAAAGGGGAGUUUCACUGAGCUGAAAGAAAAUGGUAUUCUGAAUACAACUGUCGAUUCGCUGUAUGAGCAAGUGAAAGAAUCUGAUGAUGGAAUUGGAAAGGGAUUCGAAAGUGAACAGGAGAAUCAAAUUGCUGACUUGAAAGGUACAAUUGCACCGCAUAACGUGGAGGGCAUGCAGCUAUCGGAAGAAGAUCGAGCUAUCGGGGUGGUGUCACCUAAACUUUACUGGAACUACUUCAGAAGCGGAGUACCUUUGCUGGUUAUCAUCGCAGGAAUUUGCCUUUGUUUUCUCACUCAAGGUAACGUGCAGAUUGUAGACCUUAAACUAACUGACACACUCAGGGGCAUCCAACGGCAAUUUUCGGGAAAAUAUCUGUUCGGAAGACGAUUUGAGAUCUAGAGUUUUCGGAGCAUUUGUUGUGAAAUUUCUUGCUUGCCUGCCUCUCCUAGGAUUUUUGAACAUCGACAAAAUGGUAUAAUUAUCCAUUUUUAACGGAUUUUGACCCUAAAAAAGGCCACCUAGAAUUUUCGGUAGCCUUUUCCUGGCUGAAAUUUUCGAGAAGGUACGUUUUUAUCCCUAUAAUUUUCGGAUCACUAGACUUUCCGAACAGAUGAAAAGUUUUUAGUUUUUUUUGCUAGGUAUGUGCUGCUGGCCUCUGGGAGCCCCUACCCCAUUAUAUAAGUCUGUUCUGUGGCCUAUCCUAGACCCCAUGCAUCUUAGUUACUUUUGGGCAAAUCUGUAAUUUUCGCGAUCCCAACUCAGUCACUUUGUAUUUAUGUAUCUACCUUAUUGAAAAUAGGUCAUCCUAAAAUGACUCCUAGGCGGAGAAUUUGCCAACGUCCGCUUACAGA